UUGGUUAUUUACGCUUAGCGACAGACCGAAGAUUCGUAUCAGUCUCGAGGAAACUGCAGCAAGAGCAACAAGAAAUCAUGACGUUCACAUGUCGACAAAUAAUUCUAGCGAUGAUAAUUUCGUCGGCAAAUAUCAUAUUUGGUGACAUUCUGGUUCAACCCGGUUACGAACAUCAAUAUAGUCACAAUCCGUCUUAUCUGCCAUACCAGACUGCCUCACGUUACAAGGUGUCGUCUGCGGCCGAACAGCAUGCAAAACAAUUAGCAACUCAACCCUUGAAGCAAUAUCCUUCGGGAGUUCGGAUAGUGCAUCCCUAUUAUGUACCGGAAGUUCACCAAGACAAAGUUCGAUCAAACUUGAUGGGAUAUCCAUUUCAUUUACUACAUCAUUAUCCUCUUCAUCACUACGUAUCAACGAAACCUGCCCACACCUUACCCUACGUGAAGCUAGCUCGUGAAUAUAUGCAACCCUCAGUAUUCAUCGCUCACUCCAAUCCUUUGGUAGCACACUACCGGCAUAAAAGGUCAACCGAUUUUACAAACGUCAAAUCUAACAUACCCGCGAUCGCUACACAUGAUGUGGCCACGAAGCCGUCCUUAAUCGACGCCAAAUAUUCUACAGCUAUCGACUCGCUGCUUCCGGAAAGCAAAUCUACCGAUACUAAUGAUAAGCAUGUAAAGACCCAAAGCGAUUUUGCAGCAAACUCAUUUUUAUUUGGUUUAAAUCCGAAUAAGAUGUACUCCAAACUUAAAACCGAAAAUCUAGACGACAAAAAGGACGAAACACAGCAUCCGAUUUCUAAACGUAAUCACGCCACUUUAAUUACGCCACUCACGCCAUUAAUUCUGACCCAGCCAUUUACAUCAGAUUCUACUAAAGCAACAGUAACCGAACCGGCGCAACAAACGUCGUCAAGUUCCCAGAAAAAAGGACCAAGUCAAGAGCCAUCUCCUAAUCACGAAGACCCACAUCUCACUCCCAAGCCAUCUUCUACAAAUUUGGAGCAAUCUAUGAGCCCGAUAACUAUAUCUCAAGAGUCAGAAGAGGAAUCGCAAGAAGAUGAUAGCAAAUAUUAUAACGACUAUCGCACAUUUACUUUGCCAAUAACGUCAAUAGCAUAUCGUCCAACAAUACCAUUCGUAUAUAAGUUUUGGCCAAGUUAUAUAACGUAUGAUACCGAAAUGCAUCCGAGUAAGAAGAAAUACCUAGAUCAGCAAAAUAUAUUUAAUUAUCUAACCCGUCAAUCAUCCAAUCAGACAUCUUCGCAGGAAACUACAAAUUUCGGCGCAACCAACAUAGACCAACCAAAGAACAGAGAGCUUACGACACAUCUUUGUGCGGGUGGGAUUCCGUGUUCUAUCAGCAAUAUAAAAAAACCGCCUAGUGAGUCCAUAUCAAAUAUACCUAUACUAACUCCAGAACAAUCUCCUACAUAUUCCAAUAUAAGAAAACUGCCUAGUGAGCCUAUAUCAAAUAUGCCUACACUAACUCCAGAACAAUCUCCUACAUAUUCCAAUAUAAGAAAACUGCCUAGUGAGCCUAUAUCAAAUAUGCCUACACUAACUCCAGAACAAUCUCCUACGUAUUUCUAUAAAAACAAGGAAUUUUCUCCAAGAAACGAGAUGAUCAGUGCGCCAAAUCCUGGCACGCCGCAAGUUUUCUAUGCAAUUCCGGACGAUAGUGUAAACUAUUAUUUCAACGACUAUCAAGACAGUAUGAAAGACUAUCUGGACAAUUUAGAGACAGAUUAUCCAGACUACGACGACAAAUCUACAUUUCUGAACGACGGUUUUAAUCUCUACUUGAAAAAAAAUUCCGCGUAUUCGAGCAAUGUUCCUUCGAAUAAAAUUGACUAUUAUAAUUAUGACAACAUACUUUACAGAAACAGCAAUCCUCAAAGAAACGUAGCACCGUUGUAUGUCGUCCCGAUCUCAUCGCAAAUGCGACUUUCAGAUUAUUAUCCGAAAAAAGCGAGGAAGGCUUACGCCACUUACAAGCCGCAACAUUAUUACAAGGAUUACAUAUACGAUACGAAAAACCAAAUAGUACCAAACGUAUAUUAUCGCCGUGCACCGUAUUCGCCACCUGUUUAUUAUUAGUAGGGCACUAUUAUAGAUACGAUGCUGUUAUCGAUUCGUACCACGUUACCUUGAAGCAACGAGUCGAUUGAC